AUGCUGGGUAGCAAGCGACUGGGGCUGUGCAGACUGACCCUUGCCCUGACCCUGCUCUUGUGCCUGGGCGCGCUGGUCCAGGCGUACCCCUCCAAGCCGGACAACCCCGGCGAGGACGCGCCUGCCGAGGACUUGGCUAGAUACUACUCGGCGCUGCGGCACUACAUCAACCUCAUCACCAGGCAGAGGUAUGGAAAACGAUCUAGCCCUGAGGCACUGAUUUCAGACCUCUUGAUGAGAGAGAGCACAGAAAAUGUCCCCAGAACUAGGCUUGAAGAUCCUUCUAUGUGGUGAUGGGAAGUGAAACUUGCUCUCCAGUCUUUUCCUAUUUUUCAACCCAUAUUUCAUACUGUGAAACCUGACUCUGCCUGUCCUACCAAUGCAUGCAGCCACUGUGCUGAACUCUGCACGGUUUUCCUUUGUCAACAUUGUAUAUAUGUAUGUUUAAAUAAAGUACCAUGCAUUCAAAAG